GCGUAACCGAACUAAGGAAUAAUCCCGACCCGCGCGUGUUGCCAUGUUGUUUUCAUAGUAAUUAUUUCGAAGGGACAAGUAUAGAUGCACAAAUCAGUAUAAAUCGAACGGAAUAAUAAAAUGAUCAUAACGCAAUUAAUUAAUAGCAGUUUACAAAACACGAAACCCUUUAUUAGCGUUACUACCAAUAAUUUAGCGUGCGUUAGAUAUGCAUCAAAGAAAGCCAGUAGUAGUACAAGAAUUAAACCUGGUCAUCCGAGACCAAAACAUAGAGGGAUAAAAGUACAAGAUGGACACUAUGUUCAAGAAAGGCAAAUAUUGGCCUUACAACUUAGACCUAGAUUUCAUCCAGGACUUAACGUUGGUAUGGGUAAAAAUGGUACAUUAUAUGCUUUGGAACGUGGAACGGUAAUGAUCACGUGUGAAAAAAUUAAUCCCAGUUUAACUCAUCCCUGGGCAAAAAUGAACUAUGCGGGUAGAGAAAAUAGUGUUAUAUACAAGAAACAUUUUAAUGUAAUCAGUGAACCACAGCAUGACAGAUUUAUUUUAAUUGAUACUGUGUAGAUAAAAUAGUAUGGUCAAGGUUAUAUGUUUUAUGAAUUAUUGAAUUAAUAGUAUAAAUGUAUAAACAUAGGAAAAUGGAAUCGAUUUCUUAUUU